CUGUCAUUAUCACACAACAGCAAAGAGAGGACACUCAAUUCUGGACCAUAUUUUAUGAUACAUGUACCAUGGGACAAGAUGCAAAUAUUUCUGUGCUAAGACAUGGCAUUGGACAUGCAGAGUGGAAGCUAUUGGGAGGACAUUGUUGCAUGUGUACCGUACAACGGGAUAUUUGGCCUGUAAAGCUGACAAAAUUGAAUAUUUGUGCAGGCAAAGGUCGACAGUACACAGAUCUUUUUUUUUUUUUUUCAUGUAAUGAUCGUCUUUAUUCCAAUGGCAAUAUGUGAUAAAAUACUUUUUAGCCUAAGUGAAACAAUCAUUCAUAUGUUACUAAUAAGAUGGUUUCAUUCUUCAAAGUUAACGUCUGUUCCACGUCAACAACGAUGGAAUCCACGGAAUUAACGCAAAAAACAGAGUCUUCUACUUUCGGAAUACCAUCAAGUUGUCCUCCGUGUGAAAACAAUUGCCGAGCGAACGCCACUACCCCAAAAACCAAAGAGGCACUGGAGGAGCAGAUUAAAACUCUCAAGAGAGAGCUAACCAUCGAUAAGAAACAGACAAGCGCAAACAAAAGGAAGUUGAUAUCUGCACCUGAUGACCGCACGUCCUCGAAGUAUAUCGGAGUUGUUGGUGUAAUAAUGUUAUGUUUUCCCGUAGUUGUCAUUGUGACCAUGGACAUUUCUCGACUUGCAUCCUGGUUGCAUAGCAACAAAAUUGGCAUUAAAGCUAAGGUAUAAUACAGUGUAAUGAUUUUUUUUACUAAAGCCUGCUUUUGUUUAGAUAUAUAUCCUACAAGUAGGAUGUAAAUAUUGCGCUUACCUCCCCAUCGCACGAGGCGAAUAAAUGUGGGAUUUCCAAAUGGCCUAAGAAACAAAUACUAUAAACGUGGAACUGUACGCGAGGGUGAAAAUUACGCUAAAUACGCAGAGUCCUUUUAAUCGCGAAAAUUUCCCCCACCCGUAUUAUUUGAUAUCAAUUUGCGUAAUCUCGAGCUACAAAUGGAAAUAGUGAAGAUGUAUCGAUCGCAAAAACUACAGUGUAUCACACGCGUAUAGUGUACAUAUCGAUAUCGCGAAUUUAACCCCC